UUCAUCGCUCGCGUUUACAAACUCGGUAUUUUCACAGCAUCGCAGCGAAUCGCAGCGAUCAGUACGGAAUCAUGAAGCUCAACGUAUCUUUCGCGCUGCUCGCGUUACUGUUCUUGACCAUCGCGACGACCAUGAGGGAGGUUGCGUCGCAGCAGCAAAACGGGUGCGCCAACGUGUGCUGUCGGGAUAAUUACGAGUGCUACGAGGGCAAGUGCUACCGACGACCCACGGGUAUAAGCUGCGCCAACAUAAGAUGCAGAGGCGAGUGCCGAGAUUAUCCGCCGCCGUCUAGGUGCGUGUAGCGCGCGCGACAGGUCGAGCAUCGAAUUAUCAGCGAUUCGAAGCGAGCCGGUUGGGACGUUGUCGGCCGUUUAUUAUUAUAAAAAAACUUAUGAAGGGAACGUUAAUUUUAUUGUUUUUGAAAACCACAUCGUUGAGCAAAGAUUGUAAUCACCUUUACGUCGGUGGCUGACGUAUCAUAAAUAAAAAGUUUCUUAAAUAAACUUGUUAUCUCUGAGUGUCAAAA